AUGGAGUCCUUCAUCAAGAAGGAGGCUGACGAGAAGGCCAAGGAGAUCCAGCUCAAGGCCGAUGAGGAGUACGAAAUCGAAAAGGCAAACAUUGUCCGCUCUGAGAUUGCUGCCAUUGACGCCCUGUACGCACAGAAGACCAAGAAGGCGUCGCUUGCACAACAAAUCACAAAGUCCACCAUUGCAAACAAGACCAGACUCAAAGUGUUGUCCCAGAGAGAAACCGUUCUGGACGAUAUCUUUGCGCAAGCCGAGGAGGACUUGAAGAAGAUUAGCAAGGACAAGGCCAGAUACGAGCCUGUUCUUGCCGGCUUGAUCGAGGAGGGCCUCUUGACUAUCCUGGAGAAGAAGGUCAGCAUCAAAGUGCGUGAAGCAGACUUGGACGUUGCGAAGAAGGCCCUCGCCACGGCAGCUGCCGAGUUUGAGAAGAAGACUGGAUACCCGGUAGAGGUCACCAUUAAUGAAUCCGAAUACUUGAACAAGGACCUUGCUGGAGGUGUUGUUCUUACAAACGGUAGUGGUAGAAUCGAUGUUGAUAACACUUUGGAGGAGAGAUUGAAAUUGCUUUCUGAGGAGUCCCUUCCAGCUAUUAGACUGUCACUUUUCGGACCAUCCAAGACUAGAAAGUUCUUUGAUUAG